UAGGGGAGGGUCAGGUUGGGAAUUAGGACACGUUUCUUCUCAGAGUGGUGGUGCAUAGGUACAGGCUGCCUGGGGAGGUGGGGGGAUCACUGUCCCUGGAGGUGUUGCAAAGCUGUAAAGAUGUGGUACUGAGGGACGUGGGCAGCAGUCUGGUGAUUGAACGAGAUGACCUUAGGGGUCGUUUCCAACUCUAAUGAUUCUAUGCAAAAGGACAAUGGGAGACAUGCUGGGUUGGUUGGGCCACAGCCCUUGUAGAGCUGCUGGAUGCUGGCAAGGUUUGAGGAGCUCAGGGAUACCUCUCAGGACUCACCCGCCCUCACACAGCUGCGUGUAUUUUUGCAGCUCACUGUCCUUGGAAGAGCAGUGUGAUGGAUGUCCUACGGCCCACCCUGGUCAGGAUCGGUGGGCGAGUGUAUAGGAAGAACAUCAUUCACGAGCGGGUCCAGCAGCAGCAAGAGGAGGAGGACUUCUACACAGGGCCCAAUGACUGUGCGGAUGAACCAUGCGAUGCCUUUGUGGUGGAAGAGACUGAGAAAGGCUUCCAGUGCAGAGUGGAGGUUCCCAGCCCCUUAUACAAGUGAGCCUAUGGCAUUCUGGUUUCUGUACAUAAUAGGGAAGAAAGGAGAAACCAAGAAGAGACUAGAAACAGAGACUCGAACCUCAAUCAGCAUUCCCAAGCCUGGAGUGGAAGGAGAAAUUGUGAUUACAGGACAGCAGCGCGGCUCUGUCAUCUCGGCCCGGACGCGCAUUGAUGUUCUUCUCGACAGCUUCCGUAAGAAGCAGCCCUUCACACACUUCCUGUCCUUCGCUCUCAACCAGCCCGUCAUCCAGGAGAAGUUCCUGCAGUUCAAGGAGGAGGUGCUGGAGAAAUGCUCCCAGGAUCACGGGGUCAGCAGCAGCCUGUUCCAGAACCCUGCGAAGCUCCACCUGACGCUGGGGACGCUGGUGCUGCUGAAUGAACAGGAGAUCCAGAGAGCGUGUGACCUCCUGCAGCAGUGCAAAGAGGACUUUGUGGACCAAAUUACAGGAGGCAAGCCCCUGAGUGUGGAGGUGACUGGGGUGGAGUACAUGAACGACGACCCUGCCAUGAUGGAUGUCCUUUACGCCAAAGUCCACAUGAAGGAUGGCUCAGACAAACUGCAGAUGAUAGCUGAUCAGCUGGUGGAGAGGUUCGUGGCCUCUGGUCUGAUGCUUAGGGAAUGGGAUAGGGUGAAACUGCACGCUACUGUCAUGAACACACUAUUCAGGAAAGACCCAAGCGGUGCUGAAGAGCGAAGCAGCGCAGUGACUGGUAAAUCAUCCUUCAAGGAGAGGGAGUCGUUUAAUGGGCGAAACAUCCUCAAGCUCUUUGAGAACUUCUCCUUCGGCGAGGCGCAGCUGGACGCGGUGCUGCUCUCCCAGCGCUACUCCUCGGAUGCCUCUGGGUACUAUGGCACAGCAGGGCGGCUGCUACUGCACUGACCUAGGGGACGGUUGCUGCACAAGUGAUGGAGAAUAGCAGCUGCACGGGGCUCGGGGGCACCUUCUGCCAUGUAGCGUGGCCGUUACUGCAGGAGGGAGUCUGGGGCUUGGAGGGGGUGUGGGAUCCUCCUGCACUAUUGUGCCACAGCUCCAGCAGCGAGCCUGCCUGGUGUCGGUCUACAAAUAAAGGAGUUCUGUUCACGGGCAA